CUGUGAUCAUUGCUCUAUUUAGUUGAUAUUCAUUGCCAUGUUGCCCCAAUUCCUCACGACCGCCGCCAAGGCGAUGGCCCUCGGCGCUGUUGUAUUGCCAUUGGCACAAGCGCGAUUUGAUUCGGAUUUAGACUGGAUCUCUACCAAUGCAUCUUUGCCCAAAGUCGUCAUCUAUAGCGCAAGGGGAACUAUCCUAUCCGCUUCGAAUUAUAGUCGACUAGAUAAUGUCAACUAUGGCGCCGGAGUUGGGCCUACGCCUCAAGAGUUAAUUGGGAAUGUGUCUGAAGUGCUGGAUGUCGCCCAAAUUGCUGUGGUGAAUUUCGAUGUUACUGGCGGUAGCUCUGGUCUGAACUCAUCGCUCUACCUCAACAUCAGCCAGCAUGCCAAUCAGCAACUUUGCUCCCGUGGCUCCGAUAUUGUUGGUGCAAUUAUGUUCCACGGCACCAAUACUUUGGAAGAAACAGCGUUUGGCGUCGACCUGACUUUCAACUGCUCUAAGCCAUUUAUUGCGACGGGCGCAAUGCGUCCAGAUAGCUAUAUUUCUCCAGACGGCCGAUCGAACUUCUAUCAAGCUGUCGCAGCUGCAGUGUCACCGUCUUCACGCAACCGUGGCGGCCUCAUUGCUUUCAAUGAUAGAAUCACAUCGAUUUUCUACUCCACCAAGUUAAACGCCAACACCCCUGAUACCUUUAAAUCACUUGAACAAGGAAACCUCGGCGUCUUCCUUGGAGGACAACCCUUUUACUACUUCGACGCCGGGUACGCAACUGGCCGGCCUCAUUUUGAUAUCACUAAUACCACAGAGCUUCCCUCCGUCAUUAUUCUUUAUGGUCAUCAGGGCUUUGACGCAUCCCUGAUGUAUGCUGCGGUUGCCAAUGGGGCCAAGGGAUUGGUAGUCCUAGGCCCCGGUGCAGCUCAACUUAGCCCGAAUGCCCAAGCGGUUGCUGCAGAUCUUUUCAGCAAGGGUAUCCCAACUGUGGCCGUUGCUCGCCCUGUGACGGGUACAGGAGUCCCCGGUCGAUUCCCUGGUCCCAUUUUUUACUCAUCCUAUGUCGGCGCAGAGCAGGCAAGGAUUAUGCUUCAGCUAGCAAUCAAUGCUGGUCUGAGCCUUGAUGAGAUUCGUGACUCAUUUGAGACCCCUCUUAGAGAGGCAGUGUAUGGCUCUUGGGCCAGCCAGAAAGCGUAUUACCAAUAAGUGUCGUAUCACUAGGAUGCGGGACAUCAGACCCCAUAGAAUGAGAAAUGAGUUAUUAAAUCGGUG